AUAAAAGGCUAUCUCAAAGAGACAAAAUAUUAGAAAUGAUGAAAUAUGACAGAAACACACUCUACAAUAACCCUUUUAGCUUUGAUUGCCCGCCUCCUCAGUAUGAUUUUGAUCAAUUGGACGGAUGGACUGCUAUUACCAGAGCUAUAAUCUCUCCAAAGAAAUCAUUCCAGCGCUAUGUAAAGCAUGCUAGAAGAUGGAAUCAACUGGAUAGAGACUAUAAUGACCUUCAAAAGAUUCGAAACCUCUCUGCAAUCCCUGUUGAGGAUAAAUGAGAUCCCCACAAAGCAAGGAAGAAAAGCUUGAAAUAAAGGAAGUCGCAGUUAUAAACCUUGCUUAUUAUCCCAACAAUCAAGGCUUCUUCACCGAAAUGGCCGAAAAUGCAAGAGUAAGAAGAAACUUCUGGUUUCCUCCUGUGAUCAGAUAUCUAAAAUACUAAAAAUUCCCAAAGAGGUAGCCAAGCCUCCUUGCAGAAAUAGAGCUUUCAGUGCUGAUAAACUAUGCCCGAAUAAAUAAGCCACAGACUUCUGUCAACCAGAAUAGGAGAAAUAUAUCAAGAAACUCAAGGCUGAAGUCUUCACAUACAGAUAAGGCCGACUGGAACAAGAGAGGGAGUCAGCAGCCCAGAAAGCAAUUAACUAGCCCUAAAAAUAUACAACUCUUAUUACCUCAAUCUCCUCCUACUCCAAUUACCUCCCAGAAUCCUCAAUCAACAGAGCACAGCUCAAAUAUAACUUCAGAAAAUCUAAAGACAUUUAAGAAGAAUUCUCCUUUUUCCAAAUAUUUAUCGAAACUUUUUAAGGAUAAAUUUUAUAAAUAUAACAGGAAUAAUAAUAUCUCAUUUUAAUAAGAAGCAGACUUGAGUGAAAACUCCCUAUCCUGAACUCCCUGAGCGUUCUAGACCACUAACAAACAAGAAUCUUCAUCUCACCUUUAAAGGUUUAACUCUUCCAAAGACUUCCGUGCUAGGCACUCAACACAAAAAAUCCCCUAACCGACCUCCUAUCUCACCUCACCCACCCCCAAAACCCCAAAACCUCGACCUAAAAAUCUCCUCUUACAACAAAUCCAACACUACCAAAUCCAACCCUCCACACCCACAAAAAUGCACCAAAGGCAUCCCUCAACCCCAUCCCACCCAAGCUCCUUCCCCGUCCCCCACCCAGUUCAGACACUCCCACACAGACCCCACUUGGCACCCUCAAGUGCCCAAAAAAACCUUCAUGAAAAUCUACUCAAGACCUAUUUAA